GGUUUAUUUUUUAUUUUAUGACCCACUGAGAGCCAGUUCCUGAGACCGAACGCCUAAGUAGUGUAGAUAGCUCACGUGUGUAUUCCUCCCCUAGCUGAGUUCCUAUCGUGAAACAUCUGCUGCUUGCAGCUUGCAAUUCUAUGUCUGUUAACUGUUGAACCGCCAUUUUGUUCAAAUCUUUCACCAUCCAAAAUGGCGGUGGGUAGCUGAAUCACAUUUGCACUGAUGGGUUUCUCUGGCGCUUUGUUAUUACGAUAGCAGACCUUUGUUGGAUUUUCGAGCCCUUUGAAGUUUUUCCUUCACAUUAACGAUUAUCUAUCGUUGCUGCCUUCUCUAAUUCUAGUAUGGACGACUCGGCUGUUAUAGAGAAGCUCGGAAAGAAAAGGUAUCGCCGACGACAAGAAAGAGAGCGCUACCACACUACCGCCAUCGACAUUAACCAAAUAAACGCCGCAGCAAUGUCCGCCACGACCACCACCGCCACCACCACAUCUUCGACCCCCGUGGGCAACAAGCUCGCGCAGGAAAUUAAUGACGAAUUUCUGACAUGCAAGAUUUGUUUGGAAGGUUACAAGAACCCGAAAUGCCUCGACUGCCUGCACACAUUCUGCGAGCAGUGCAUCGACAACCAUAUAAUGAAUGAAUGCACCUAUAAGAAGUAUAGCGACUAUCGAGAAUUUACUUGUCCAUUAUGUCGCAAAAGAACACAGCUACCGCUAGGUGGCGUCAAGAAACUUCCAGACAACUUCCUCGUUUCGAGUUUGUCAGAGCUUGUUCAGCGACAAAGACCUUCCAAAUUUCCAUUCUGUGACAUCUGCAAGCUUGUAAACAGGAAACACAGAGAAGCGACUUCAAAAUGUUUAGAUUGCAACAAGCUACUCUGCAAACAAUGUGUAGAAAUGCACAAGGAAACGAAAGUAACGAAAAACCACAGCAUUUUUGACGUAGAGAUUGAAAAAGAUAUUGAAUGCAAAGAGCAUUCGGAGGAGGUUGUUCGUUUUUACUGCGAACCGUGCGAAGCUUGCAUUUGUGUUCUCUGUACGUUCAAUGAACAUAAGGAUCACGAAAUCACUCAGUUUUCGGAGGCAGUUGUGAAGUACAAGGAGAAUAUUCAAUAUCUUCUCGACGACUGCAAGGAAAAAAUCGCUACAUACGACACUCAGCUGGAAGCCUUGUCUAAAUGUGAAACCGUCAUUCGUACAACGGAACAAAAGGUUAGAGAUACCGCCAUCCAAUUCAUUGCUGAUAUUCGAAUCAAGGAAAAGAAAUUGAUCGAUGAUCUACACGAAAUAUAUGGGUCCGACGUCAUGGAUUAUGUUUCGAAAAGAAACGAUAUGCAGGCAAAUGUGGAUAGCUUAAAGAGCACGUGUAGUCUUACUGAAUUGGUUUUAAGGGGCAAAGACAUAGAACUUUUGCUUCUCAAAAAGCAAGUCCAAGAGAAAUUGUCAGGAUUAUCAGAGAUUGAAUUGCGAGAAUUGCCAAAAACCGUGGAGAAGAAUAUCAUAUUUAUUCCAGGAGGUUUAGAGAUGGGAAGCUUAGAAGACGCAGACAACUCACAGCAAGGGAAAAUUCGCAACCAGAGAACGUUUGCUAGUAUAGGAUCGCAAAGAAAUGUCCCCGCCGAUCCUCCAAAAUUCUAUCGUACCUUUUCGACACAAACGGAAGACGUUUCGGAACCAGAUAAGCCUACUUUCGUAGAAACAUAUGUACAAACGGAUGUUUUCGGAGCUGGAACCAAUGGAGAGACCACUGACAAGUCAGUAGAAACUGACAAAGUCGAUUUUCAAGACAAAGGGGUCAACACUCGUUCACGCAGCUUGCAGAGUGUGUCAGGGAUUCAGCCGAUUCCAAGGUCGUCCUCACGCGACGAGAGUAACGCCAAUGGCGAGACGAACUCCCAUGGAGAACCAAUGUCUCCUACCACUGCAAGACGACACAGAAGACGUCGCGAACGCCCCAAAAUCGAGGUCUCCUCCCGUCCGACCACCAACAGACCGUCAACACAGGGGGUGAUGAUAAUGAAUUCAGGAGGCGGAGGAGGAGGUGCAUGUCCAGUUCUAACCUACAGUAGUAGCAUCGACGAGAAUUACUUUAGUCCAGAGGGCAGUAUUACGUCUCCGUGAUAAAGGCUUUGCCUAGCCUUGUUAUGAUUGGGUAUUCAAAGCAGUGAUAGAGGAGCCAAAGGAAUACUCUCAGAUUUUUCGUAAAUAAUGUUGUUUUAUAGAGUAACAAUGUAUGUAGCGCCUGGACAUACAAUCGUAUUUAUAUAAACUUAGUAGAUCGGCAUCGACAAAUACUCAUUUUAUACGCUGACAAAAUGUACCUUAGACAUAUCACAUUGUAAGUAGUUUUUCCACUUGACUGCAGGCCAAUGUUCUCUGUGUGCAAUACUUGUGCCAAACCAUGCACUGAUUCCUGUCCAUAUAGACAAACAGUAAUGGGAUGAACUGAACAGUUUUCUAUCCAGUGUGUUUUAUUUCAACCUUGAAUAAAAUGUUUUUAUAUUUUCCAGUAUAUAUUUGUAAACAGCUGUGUAAUUUUUCAUCCAAGAUUUAUUUUGAAGGAAAGAGUUUUUAAAUGUUAGUUUUUAUAGAUGUGAUAUGUUAAAUAAUAUAUUCCAUAUAUUUAUAAUAUAUUUUGUAUUCAUCCGCCUCAGUUGUGACCAGUAUAUGGGUCACGUGAUCAAUAUCGUCUGCUAUGAAACUCGUCUUAAAGAUGGAAUACACGAAGAAUUUUGAAGCUUUUCAUCAAAGAAAUAGUUGUUAAGCCUGUUAUUUUAUAUCAUUUUAGUUCUAGUGGAAAGGGAUUAUAAGCAAACGAUGUAAGUUAAUUAAUCUCUGGUAUAAUGGAAAGAAUGCUCCAUCGUGGCCUAUAUAAAUAAAUAGGGUUAGUGUGUUCUUAGCAACAUAGCUUUUACCACUUACACAUUUAGAUGUUAACUUGUUAGAAACUGUUCACAAUAAAUUUAUCUGUGAUA